CGGGGUCGGGGGAGAACUGGGGCGGCUGCUGAAGGGUGUCCUGCAGCCGGGGUGUGCGGGCAGGGCAGAGCGGUGGAGCCCCGCGGCCCGAUUUCUAGGAUCCCCGUCCUGUCCCGGCCCGCUCCCGGGGAGGGUACUGAGCCCCUCGGCGCCGUUCCCAGCACCGCGGCGAUGCUUCUCCGGCGUUAUUUUGGGUACAGAUGUUUUGUGCCCGGGGUUCACCACGGAGCCGAGUCGGCGGCAAUGGCAGCGCAUGAGCCUGUCCCCGCCCGCUCCCGGGGCUCCCGGCUCCGUGUCGCCGUUGUCACCGAGUCCCUGCCGUGAGGGCAGGGAUGCUCCGGGGCCGGCACGGGGGCCUGAGCAGCGCUCCUCACCCAUUCACCUCCUGUGCUUGGCUUUCUGUCCUCAGGCACCCAAAAAGAAGGCAGGGGGCAAAGGGAAGGGGGGCAAAGGCCCGGCGAUGGUGGAUGCCUCGGCCCCGGAGGACAUGAGCAAGGAGCAGCUGCUGGAGCACAUGGUGCGUCUCCGGGAGGAGCUGGACCGGGAGCGGCAGGAGCGGAACUCCUUCCAGCUGGAGUGUAGCAGGAUCCAGAGCUACUGGGAAAUCACCCGCCAGGAGCUGGAGGAGAAGAAGGCAGAGCUGCGGAACCGCGACCGGGAGAUGGAGGAGGCGGAGGAGCGGCACCAACUGGAGAUCAAGGUGUACAAGCAGAAGGUGAAGCACCUGUUGCAUGAGCAGCAGGAGAAUCUGACGGAGCUGAAGGCAGGGGAAGUCCUGUCCCUGAAGCGGGCCCAGAAGGAUCACUGGGACCAGGAGCAGGAGCUGUGGAAAGAGAAGCGCGCCUUGAGCAUAAGGCUGAAGGAGCAGGAGUUGGCCAACGAGGCAGCCAUUACAAACCUCUGCCUGAAACACGAGGAGGAGAUGGCCCGGCUACGCAGCGACUUUGAGAUGCAGACCAAAGAGAUGGAGGCCAAGUACACCAGGAAGAUGCAGGCACUGCGGGAUGAGAUGGACCUGCGGAGGAAGACGGAGAUCCACGAGCUGGAGGAGAGGAAGAAUACCCAGAUCAGUGAGCUGAUGGGGAACCAUGAGGGGGCUUUUGGUGCCAUCAAGAACUACUACAACGAUAUCACUGCCAAAAACCUGACACUCAUCAGCCUCCUGAAGGAGCAGGUGGAAGACCUGAAGAAGAAGGAGGCUGUCUUGGAAAAAGAGAAGGCAGAUGUGCUGCGCCAGAACAAGGGGCUGGCAGAGCCGCUGCAGGAGGCCCAGGAGCUGGUGGCUGAGCUGCAAAAGAAGUUGGUUCACUAUUACAGGGACAAGGAGGCCCUGAUGAACUCCAAAGCCCAUCUGAAAGUCACACAGAAGGAACUGAAGGACCUUCAAUGGGAACACGAGGUGCUGGAGCAGCGGUUCAGUAAGGUCCAGGAAGAGCGAGACGAGCUCUAUCAGAAGUUCACCAAAGCCAUUAACGAGGUGCAACAAAGAACAGGGUUCAAGAACCUGCUCUUGGAGCGGAAGUUGCAGGGACUCCUCAGCCUCCUGGAGCAGAAGGAGGUGGAGCUCAGUGAGGUCGUUGCAGUCUCCAACCUCGACCCCAGCGCUCUCUCCUUGGUCUCACACAAGCUGGAGGACGUGCUCAAUUCCAAGAAUGCCACCAUCCAGGACCUGCAGCUUCAGCUGGCCCGAGUCUGCAAGGCACACAACGACAUGCUGCAGACCUUCGAGGCAAAGCUGACAGCCUUUGGCAUCCCCGUGGACAACUUGGGUUUCCAGCCACUGUCCUUCCCCUUCCCAGGGCAGGAACUGGGGCAGGGCCCUGCUGGACUCGUUGCAGUGCCCACCUGAUGCC